UUCUUAAGACAUAUUCGACAGAAGUUACAGAGUCCGACCGAACCUGCAAACAAUACUCUAGCUCCGCCCCUAUUCCCAUGCAUUUUUUAAUUGUGAACUAAUUGUAAAUCCAUUUUACAUAAUCAUUAUGCAUGCAGCAAGCAAGAAAAAGAUUCUUGAAUGUUUUAAAUAUUAAUAGUAUGUAUAUAUCGUUAUUCUCGCUGAUCUUGUUUUUUAUAUUUACCAGUUGUUUAGACACCAGCAAAUAAUUUCAAUGGAGCCCUUUGCAGACGUGAGUUGCAAUUUGAAAGUGAACAUCCAUUGCGAUUCCUGCAAGAUGAAGAUGAUGGAAGUGCUACACUCUAUACGAGGAGUGUAUGCAUUGACAAUAGAUGCAGAAACAGGAAUAGCAAAUGUUUGUGGAGAGGUGGAUCCAAACAGAUUGUUAGCAGCAUUGGCAAGGUCAGGGCAACAUGCAGAACUAAUAAAUGUGAAAUUGAAGCAUCCAGCUCUUAGUAAUCCAAGAAGUCAAUAUGGACACAAUAAUUAUGACCAUGGCCAUGGCUAUAAUAACUACAAUAAUGCACUUGAUGGACCCCUUGGCUACAACCAUUCAAAUGCAUUGAAUGAGCCAAGCUCUUACUAUCCUACUAGAAGAGCCAUGGUUGAUCAACCUUACUAUGGUUCGAGCUAUCGCAACUCUUCUCCUCAUGCUGAGUACUGUGGAUCAUCGUCGUACCUGCAACAGCCUCUGAUCAUGGAUCAUGUCAUAAGAGAAGAACCGAUGAAUUGGUGCAGUAUUAUGUGAUGAGGAGGUGGAUCUUAGAUGUAGACUUAACGAGUUUAACAUUUAAGAUUUUAGCACCGAACUCGUUGUACUUUUAAAAAGACGGUUUAGAAUCUACUGUUUAUUGAAAAUUUAGCACUGAACUCAUUGUAUUUUUGAAAUGCUGGUUCAGAAUUUAUGUACUAUUUGUUGAAAUUUUAGUGAUUUUUCAUAGGUAUAUCUAUGUUAUGUGUUUAGUCGGACCCAAUGAAUGUUUUAUUUAACGGUUUGUAGUUAUGGUCUUUGAUUGGUUUAACCUUUAAGAUUUUUAGCACUGGACUCAUUGUACUUUUGA